CAGAGCAUGUGAUAUUAGCCCAGCGCACGCAAAGAUCGGUGUGUGUUCGGCGGUGUGAGAGGACAGGCCAUGCGCUCGGAAGGCACGACGAAAGCAACCGGGGAAGCUCCCGCAGCGGCCGCGCUGCCCGGCCGCUCCCCCGUCACCGUGGCCGCGGGGCCGCCGUGCCGAGCUCCGUGCGGGCCGGGGAGAGGCUCCCCCGCGCCGGCACCCAGCCCAGCGGCUGGCCGAGGUCAGCCUCAAAGCCACGGAGCUACUUGCUCUACUUUUCAGCCGAGCUUUUAUCACCCUGCGUAUAAAACCACGCAACAGAUUGGACCGGGAGAGCGCCAUCGGCAAAUGGACCUGGUUUCAGAUCCGGCACAAACUCCGGUUACAUUCAAUGUUCUGCCAUCUCUCCAGAUGGAAAAGAAAACUGGCAAACAAGCAGGAUCUUCCGUUACAGAGGAAGAGAAGCCAAGAGAAUGGACUGAAAAUUAACACCCUUACAUGUAGAAAACAGAGUGCACAAGCCUUUCCUCCUCACAUCAACAUAAGCAGGGCCAGCGUGCUGUUUCCCCUUUUAUAGAAUCCUCUGCCUUGCUUAUCUUAAUGUUCCAACCUCAAACUCACAACUCUAACGGUUUGCAAAAGUUUUGACUGCAGACUGCAGUGCCAUAUUAUUAGCCUACUACACUUAGUAGCUCUGUCUUGAAAAUUGUGAAGCACUUCCAAAGUAUUAUACUAUUGUUGUUGUCCUGAUAUUUUGCAGAGUCCUUUGCAUCAGGAUAUCCUGACUCAUAAAACAAAGGGGUUAAGAACAAAGAAAACAAAUAGAUGGUGCAGUACAGUAGCACAAGCAUUAACACAUUCAUACAAUCUGUGGUUAUAGAAAGACAAAUUUUAUUGUUUUUAAUUUCAUAUGGUUUCUUGAGAUAUUGUAGGUUUUUCAUAUUAGUGCAUGUUGUGCAAUUACUUUUUAAAGCAAUGUUCCUGUCAGAAAGGGAUGAACCAGGCAACUGAAGUCCAAAAGACUUUGAAGAUUCUUUGCCUACUGGGUCGUUUAAACCUUACACCCCAACUAAUUAAUUUUAGUUUUGAGCUACAAGGAAUUGCAGUAACUUUUUUCAGUUAUGGUUUUUCCUCUUUGUUUACCUCUGUGCUUUGUGGUCCCCAUUGGGGCAAAGAGCAGAUGUGCCAGAGCACUGUGAAGUUAAAGCUGUCCUUCUGGCAUUUCCAAACUUUACUGGAUGCAAAACAUGGUCAAGAAAUGAUUGGAUGUGGCACUUAGUGCUAUAGUUUAGUUGACAAGGUGGUGUUCUGCCAAAAGCUGGACUCAAUGGUCUCGGAGGUCUUUCCUGACCUUGCUGAUUCUAUGAUAAAAGAUACAAGACAUCUUGGAAGACAGUGCAUUCACAGGUGCCCAGACCAAUUUUUAGAUUAAUAUCUGAGUAUUUAAGUGUUUAACAGAACUUAACCACCAGCCUUCUUGGUAGCAGCAAUAGCAAUCUUCUGAGUUUUUAAAGUCUACACUACCUUUUUUUAUCCUUAAAUCUGCGAAAAUUUUGUACAACCUCUAGUUGGGCCACUUGGGUAUGUACCUGUCUUAUGGAUAGGAUCAGGCAGCCAAAACUGAAGGAUUAAUUGUUGUAUUUGUUUUCACUUACAGUUCUACAGAUGCAAAGCAGGAGGCCAGUCAAAAACCAAACUGAAACUGAAAUCUGUUGUUGUUAUAGUUUCUGUAUUUCGAGAAGCUAUAUAAUAAACCUAACAGACAGUAUGUAUUUUUUUUCUUGGAAAAUUAUGGUCAAAUGAAAGCAACUGUUCUAGGUAGGUUGGAUUUUCUUUUUUAAAUCCUGGCCAGUGUAAGGAUCAGCAGUUGCAAAUGAAAAAAAAGAAGUGUAAAAAUUGUUGUUUGGCAUUAGUGGGUGUGUCUGAAAUUAAUGCAUCUCAUUCUUAAUAAACUUCUGCUUCACAGUUGUACUACAA